GAAGUGAGCCCAAAACCAAACAAAUGUUACGAAACUACCAAGUAAAUCCCCCAAACUAUACUAAAGUCUUGUACUGAAAGCGAAAUGCGACUCCGUCUCGUUGAAAACCACACAAACAAACAAACAAUUUCUUGGAAAAAUAAGCCUAAACUAAUUGUACCCACAAAUAACGUCUUUCAAUACCAUCGAUCCAUCCAUUCAUACACAAAUUCUUCACCUUGCUUUAGACUAUUCCAAAACCCCUUUAUAGCUUUCUUUCUCUGUUAUGGUAUGGUAAGGUAUGAUUCUUGCUCUGUUCUCUUGCUGCAAAAAUGGGAGACUUCUUUUAUCACAGAAAACUCCUUCGCAUUUUGAAAAGAGAUUCUGAUGAGUGCGAUGAAUCUGCUUGUGAUAAACAACUGUGUAUUGCUCGUAGUUGUGAGUAUGACUCUGAUUCUCCGAAAUUGCUUCUACCACCACCACCACCACCAAUUCAGACCCAUCUAGAUAUAGUUCAAAAACGUAUGGUUAUGGUUAGUUGUGUGGUUGCUGGUGUUUUUCUUAUGUGUUUCGCUUUCGUGGCUCUGAAGAGGUAUUUCAAGAGGCGUAACGAGUCCAGAGAGAGGAUGGCACCGAUUCUAUUCGAAACCCAACAAGACUUUAUUGAUGGGGAUCAAGGGCCUAUGCUUGAUCAUCCCAUCUGGUAUAUCAACACCGUUGGUUUGCCUCAGUCUGUUAUUGAUUCCAUCACUGUCUGCAAGUAUAAAAAAGAUGAUGGGUUAAUAGAAGGAACAGAUUGCUCUGUUUGCUUAAGUGAGUUUGAAGAAGACGAAACUCUGCGGCUCUUGCCCAAGUGUAGUCAUGCUUUUCAUGUUAGCUGUAUAGAUACCUGGUUGAGAUCGCAUAAAAACUGCCCACUUUGUCGCGCACCAAUUGUUUGUGGAAAUGUCCCUGUUAAUCCAGUAAGUGAUUCGGAUCCUAAUUUGAAUGAUUCGAACCCUACAGAAGAAACCCAGAUGGAGAAUUCUGAGAAUCCUGAUGGAAAUCUUCAGGUGGAUGAAGAAGGUGAAUCUAGUGAGGUUAGAUUGGAAGAUGAAACCAAUAAUGAAAAUGGAGUGAAGGGUUUGUCGAAUUCCGUUGUGAGGAGCUGUGAUUCUCGUGUUUUAAGUGAUUUGGCUAUCAAACGACAAGUCGUUUGUGAAGAAAUAGAGCCAAUGAGGAGGUCAGUUUCAAUGGAUGCAUCUUCAGCCGUGGCAGUAUAUCGUGCUGUGGCUAAUGUAGUUUCUGAUCAUGGAGGCUCAAAUUCACAGUUAGCAGUACCAGUGAGAAAUUCCAGUUUGGCAAUUGUAUCGAAACGGGUGAGUCAAAAUUUAAGCUUGUAUAAACUAAUGAGAAGUUCUUCAAUUGGGUUUUCUUUGCAGAAAGGACCCAUUUCAAUGAAAAGGUCUAGUUCAUCUAGCAGGAACCUUUCUUUAUCUAAACAUGGCAGGAGUCAGAGCUCAAUCCUACCAUCUUAGAACAUAUACCUAAAGUUUGAAGUGAGACACUUAAAUUAAGAUGUCUAUACUACAAUUGUGCCCAAACAAGCAUGGUUAUAAUCAAAUUAUAUUAUGAAUAUACUGUAAGCUGCUUUCUGCUCUAGCUAAUCUGAAUGAAGCAUCUUCUAUUGUGAUCAAUGUUUUUUUACUCAGAAAACAGUAAUUUUGAUGCUUGAAACUCGACUUGUCAAGUUGACAUGAUAAAUUGCAUCCUGCAAUUAGUUUUUUCAUGUCAACAUUGCUUGUAGUCCUGAAUGAAAGCAUAUAUGCCUUUAAAUCUUCAUGAGAACAUAUAUAUUUGUAUGGAAGAUACCUUUUCCUUUUAAUAUUGCUGAUAUUUCUCAGCGAAAUGGUGCUUAUUAGA